AGGAGCAUAAUGGUUAACUGGACUUUACUGCCGGCAAUAAAAAUGGAAUUUCAUCACCUGUUGCUUCAACUAGUUGGCAACAAAGUCGUUUUCUGAUUGGUUGUACCUUAAUAAAACUCGUCCCUCUCGCUCGUUGCUUCGCCUGGAAUCAUAUUCCCAACAGUUUGUAGGCGCGCACUAAUAAUUCGGUGUGUAAAUUAUUUCAUAUGUUUAAAGUUUGAACGUUUUUCGCUUGUUAAAAAUUGACCGUGACAUUUUGGUUGGAUUUGUGUUUGUGUAGGCUAAGCAUCAACAACACGGCGCCACUACAACAAUGUUUGCCCAACUUCAUAACCGCUAUGAGGCUUUGUUGAAUAAAAAUAACUUUGUGACAGAUCUCCUAGCAACGGUGGAGGAGAAAACUGGGAUAAAGAAGAAAUAUAUCGCUUCAGGUGUGCUCUCUCUGAUCAGUUUGUAUCUGUUGUUUGGCUAUGGAGCCUCUCUCCUCUGUAACCUGAUUGGCUUUGUCUACCCAGCGUACCUCUCAAUCAAGGCCAUAGAGAGUAAGAAGAAAGAGGAUGACACUCAGUGGUUGACCUACUGGGUGGUCUAUGGAUUCUUCAGUAUUGCAGAGGCUUUCUCUGACAUCUUCCUCUCCUGGUUCCCCUUCUACUAUGCUGGCAAGUGUUUGUUCCUGGUGUGGUGUAUGGCUCCGGUGACGUGGAACGGUUCUGCUAUUCUCUACUACCGUGUGGUCCGUCCCGUGUUCCUCAGACACCAGGCCACCCUGGACAGUGUCGUCAACAACCUGAGUGAUAAGGCCAAGAACAUGGCUGACACUGUCACUAAAGAAGCUGUCAACCAGGCCCUCAAGAAUGACAAGAACCAGUGACAGACCGAUGUAUGACCACAAGCCUCAGACACCUCGACUACACUAAACACACAGAACCACAUCAUGUGUAAUGUCCCAUGAUGAAGGAAGGUAAUGGAUCCUGUCAUGUGAUCAGUUGCCGGUGACCACCCUGCAGCAAACAGAAAAGGGAAAAGGCAUUUUCUGCUUUCUAGUCUGUCUUUUUAAGUCGCAUGUAUCAAUCUUAUGAGAUUCCGAUAAUCCAGGCAUUGUAGCAUCUGAUAAUCUGCACAGCAUGACUGUUUUUAAAGACUGGUUGGAAUGCAACCAGAAGCUUAGGGUAGCCACUACACAAUCCAUCUGACCUCUAAACAAUGUGAAUGUCUUCAUGUAAUCUGUAGCCUACUGCCAGGAAACCCAUGUGUGUAGACGUCUGUGAAUCAGCGGACUCUCUCUCGACGGAGCCAUGUUGACUUCACAAAUCCACCCGUAGCCUAUUCCCCUUUGACCUACCCCAGCACUAACACACCAGAUUCAAUAAAUCAGAUGGUGGGUUAGUGCUGGGCUAGAACAAAAAUGUCCCUAUAUUAAUGGAUUGGGAAACAUGGUACCAGUAGGGCUAAUGGAAGUGUCUAGGGAGUAGAUGCUAAGGGGUAUGUUUGGAUGGAGCUGUUCUGAGCUGGGUCAUUUCCUACAAGGUAGCCAUGUUAUUUCAGUCUCUUGUAAUUAGUGCAUACAGUAGCAUGUCUCCACAAUGUCUGCAGAUCUGUGCCAAAGAUGUUUACUCCAUCACCCUGCCGGAACAAAAUGAAUAUUUAUGUAUGUAAACUGAACUGGAAAGUAUUUUUGUUUAGCACGGUCUCUUCUCAUCAUCUUUAAUAAAUCAAACUGGAACUUG